CAGUAGUGGGGAUGUACUUGAACGAUCAAGAUCUUCAUUAACCCACCUCGGUGUUCGGCCUUUCGGAAUCCGGUUAUUUUCGAAUCCGAGUUGGAGGAGGAAAUAUCAAGACUAGUACUACGUUUCUGACACGAAGUAUCUGUCAGGGACAACAUGGCUGCUGAGAUAGAUAUCCUCGAUGACAUUGCGAUCAUUGGUGCUGGCAUCGCGGGGAUUGCGUUGGCGAUUGCCCUUUCUCAAAGGUCCAUCCCAUGCAAAAUUUACGAAUCCAAGUCCAAAGACGCAGGGACGCUUGGAAGUGGUGUCACAUUGGGGCCCAACGGCUGCCUUGUGCUUGACCGUCUCGGGCUCUUCGACCGGGUUGCCUCGCGGAGCUACCGGACAGAAUCCCACGCAGUCAAGGAUGCUCAAGGAAACACCACGACCAUAGGCAACGUCGCCACGGAAGAGCUAUAUGGUUACAGCCACCACCGAAUCUACCGUUUGACAUUAUUCCAGGAGCUCAGGGCGGCACUGGAGGAAUGCAAGGUCCCCGUCCAGUAUGAUGCGAAAUUCGACAAGGUCAUCGAGGAAACAGACGAGGGCGUUCGGUUCAUCGUCAACGGCGAGAUACAGAAAGCGUCUCUUCUCAUUGGAGCCGACGGGAUUCACUCCGUUGUGCGCAAGCAUCUGACUUCAGAAUUGCCUCAGUAUCUGGGUCUGGCGUGCAUAUACGGCCAUGUACCAACCGACAGUAUUGCGUGGCCACGCAGCUUUGAGAAAGACUGCACAAUCCAGGAUGAUCCGGGAGCAUUCUUCAUGAUUCCCGAGGUACACGAUGGCACGGAAAUGAUGGCCGCUAGACAGUUUGUCUAUCCGGCUCUCGAUCGUGCUGGGUGGGAGGCGUUGGCAGCAGACCCAGACGCCUUGGUUUCUCUUCUGUGCAAGGACUACCAUCAGUGGAAGAGUGGCAUUGUAAAGUCUCUCAUGGACCAGCUGCAGCUGAGGAAAGACGGACUGCUGCUGUGGCCGUUUUACCGCAUGCCCAAGCUGCCCACUUGGGCUUCUCCCACCGCACGCACCAUCAUCAUCGGCGACGCAGCCCACGCUAUGCCGCCUUCAUCCGCUCAGGGUGUCAACCAGGCCUUGGAAGACGCAUAUACCCUCAGUCUGAUGUUGACCCUACGAUCGCCGGGGACUAGUCUGACCGAGGCGCUUGACUUCUGGCACGGCAUGCGUCAGGACCGGAUCGAUGCGAUUCUCAAAAUGGCUGAGCGAACAAACGCGAAACGGCUUCCAAAGACCGAAAGACCGGUCGCAACCCAAGUGGACAAAUCUCACGAUCUUCCACACGCUUUGGAUGAUCUGCAUUGGCUGUAUCGGCCGACCAUGGAGGAAGAAAUCACUGCAUGGUUUGGUAUCCGGACUUGAGCAGGGACCAUUGUCUGUAGAAACGUGGUCUUUUCGAUUUUUAAAUUCUUCGUUUCAGUUUCA